GAUCUCACGAGCGGGGACUGCUGUUUAUGUUCAGGGCACAAACCAAAAGGAUCAACUGAUCCGAGCAAUCUUCUUCACUCUCUUCCAUCACUCUCCUCGACAACUCCCUCGCGAUCGUCAAUCGACUUUCUUGUCAGGUAUUGCUGGAACUGGAGGAUCUCAUCGCGAGACGGCGGUUGUACAUUCCUUGGACCUAUACCUUGUAGAAAAACUACGACCAGUUUCACACUCCCUCGGAGAUACAACAGCAGUGCAACGGCUUGUGGUGUGUACAGGGUCGGCAUUAAGGAAAGCAAUGUUCUCAUAGCUCAUUGAUAUUACGUUUCUCAUUCCAAUAGACAACGAUCAAAUCCAGCUGCAUCGCAUAUCGCACUCAACAAAGGAUCGCCCGACUUUUUCGCUUUUGAACUCACACCUCCGAGUCAACACACAGGAACACAGACACGCACAUAUUUAUAUAUAUAUAUCGAUAAAGAUGUCAUUCACCAGCCAAGAAGAAGAUGGCAAGGAUGUGAUCAUAUUCAUGGAGCCCUCCGAAGCGACGACUCCCGAUAAGACGUCCUCAUCAUCAGAAUCCAAGGAUCAGUCUGCUGCAUUUAAUCCCGAGACGGGCGAGAUCAACUGGGAUUGCCCUUGCCUGGGUGGCAUGGCCCAGCCUCCAUGUGGAGAUGCCUUCAAGGAGGCCUUCUCGUGCUUUGUGUACUCGACUGCUGAACCUAAGGGUGUGGACUGUGUGGAAAAGUUCAAGGCGAUGCAGGAUUGCUUCAGAGCUCACCCCGAGGUCUAUGCGGAUCAAUUGGACGAUGACAAUGAGGAGGACGACGAAGAGGAAGGAGACGAUAAGAAGGAGGAUAAGAAGGAGGAGAGCGAGACCAAGAACGUCUAGAACAGCAUUUUGCACAAGCAUAUUUCUAUCGGCAACAUCACAACUAUUAUUACCAUAAAAAUAAAGAUUCAACAGCGAUCUAUCCGC